GGGUCAGGCGGCGCAUGCGCAGCGCCGUGUUUGUGCACUGGCUGCGCGGCGGCGGGGAAGAUGGCGGCGUCCUCGCUGGAGCAGAAGCUGUCCCGGCUGGAGGCCAAGCUGAAGCAGGAGAACCGGGAGGCCCGCCGCCGCAUCGACCUCAACCUCGACAUCAGCCCGGCCCGCGCCCGGCCCACUCUGCAGCUGCCGCUGGUGAGCGAGGGGGGGGGGUCGGGCCGCGCUCCCGAGGCCGCCCAGCACCCGCCCCCCCCCUCGCGGCCCCGCCACAUGCUGGGGCUGCCCCCCCCGCCCUUCCUGCUGCCGCGCAGCGUCGAGAGCAUCGAGAUCGACCAGAAGCUGCAGGAGAUCAUGAAGCAGACGGGGUACCUGACCGUGGGGGGGCAGCGCUACCAGGCGGAGAUCAACGACCUGGAGAACCUGGGGGAGAUCGGCAGCGGCACUUGCGGGCAGGUCUGGAAGAUGCGUUUCCGCAAGACCGGCCACGUCAUCGCCGUCAAGCAAAUGCGGCGCUCGGGGAACCGGGAGGAGAACAAGCGCAUCCUGAUGGACCUGGACGUGGUGCUCAAGAGCCACGACUGCCCCUACAUCGUGCAGUGCUUCGGCACCUUCAUCACCAACACCGACGUGUUCAUCGCCAUGGAGCUCAUGGGCACCUGCGCCGAGAAGCUCAAGAAGCGGAUCCAGGGGCCCAUCCCCGAGCGCAUCCUGGGCAAGAUGACGGUGGCGAUCGUGAAGGCGCUGCUGUACCUGAAGGAGAAGCACGGGGUGAUCCACCGCGACGUGAAACCCUCCAACAUCCUCCUGGACGAGCGGGGACAGGUCAAGCUCUGCGACUUCGGCAUCAGCGGCCGCCUGGUCGACUCCAAGGCCAAGACCCGCAGCGCCGGCUGUGCCGCAUACAUGGCUCCCGAGCGCAUCGACCCCCCCGACCCCACCAAGCCCGACUACGACAUCCGCGCCGACGUCUGGAGCCUCGGCAUCUCCCUGGUGGAGCUGGCCACGGGGCAGUUCCCGUACCAGAACUGCAAGACGGAUUUCGAGGUGCUGACGAAGGUGCUGCAGGAGGACCCCCCCCUGCUGCCCCCCGCCAUGGGCUUCUCCGGGGACUUCCAGGCCUUCGUCAGGGACUGCCUCACCAAGGACCACAGGAAGAGACCAAAGUACAACAAGUUACUGGAACACAACUUCAUCAAGCGCUACGAGACGCUGGAGGUGGACGUGGCCACCUGGUUCAAGGACGUCAUGGCCAGGACAGAGUCCCCUCGCCCGGGCGGUGGCCUCAGCCAGCACCACCUGCCCUUCUUCACCAGUGACACCCGCCGACACCCCCACAGUGACACCCGCCGGCGCGGUGACACUCGGUGACACCCCCACGGUGACGCCCGCCAGCGCGGUGACACUCGGUGACACCCCCACGGUGACACCCGCCGGCACGGUGACACCCGGUGACACCCCCACGGACACCUGCUGGCAUGGUGACACCCGGUGACGCCCCCUGGUGACGCCCGCCGGCACGGUGACACCCACCACCACCCCCACGGUGACACCCGCCGGCGCAGUGACCCUCAGUGACACCCCCACGGUGACGCCCGCCGGCGCGGUGACACCCACCGCCACCCCCACGGUGACACCCGCCGGCGCGGUGACACUCGGUGACACCCCCACGGUGACGCCUGCUGGCACGGUGACACUCACCGCCACCCUCGCGGUGACACCUGCUGGCACGGUGACACAACACCCGCCGUGGCCACCGCAUUGUGUCCUGCUGCGUCCCCGGUGUCCCAGCGCGGCGUGGGGCGUCCCGGCGUGUCAUGGGUGUCCCAGGGCGUCCCCCCGUGUCCCCACGUGUCCCAGGACGUCCCCCCGUGUCCCCACGUGUCCCAGGGCGUCCUGGUGUGUCCCAGGACAUGUUGAUCUGUCCCCAUGUGUCCCUGUGUGUCCCUGGACACCCUCUUGUGUCCCCACAUGUCCCAGGGUGUCCUGGUGUGUCCCCACCUGUCCCAGGGUGUCCUGGUGUGUCCCCAUGUGUCCCUGUGUGUCCCAGGAUGUCCCCUCCGUGUCGCGGGGCAUCCUGGUCUGUCCCAUGUCCCCAUGUGUCCCCGGACAUCCUCCUGUGUCCCCACAUGUCCCAGGAUGUCAUGGUCUGUCCCAACACGUCCCAGGACAUCUUGAUCUGUCCCCACGUGUCCCUUUGUGUCUCAGGGUGUCCUGGUGUGUCCCCACGUGUCCCUGUGUGUCCCUGGACAUCCUCACAUGUCCCCACGUGUCACAGGACGUCUUGAUCUGUCCCCAUGUGUCCCAGGACAUGUUACUCUGUCCCCAUGUGUCCUUGUGUGUCCCCACAUGUCCCAGGCUGUCCUGGUCUGUCCCAGCACAUCCCAGCGUGUCCCCUCCUGCUGUCCCCACCCCUGUCCCAGCGUUGGGCCAUGGGGACGCCCAUGUCCCCUCCCUGUCCCCUCCCUGUCCCCCCCAGGGUGGCCUGUGCCUCAGUUUCCUCAGGGCCAGCAGCUGUUCCCUGCGGCCACCGCUGUCCCCAACCCCGCUGGGGACACGGGGACAGGACACGGCUGUGGGGGACAUGGAUGUGACACCAGGACGUGACACACGGGGACGUGACACGGGGACACGACACGGGACAUGGGGACACGGCGCAGGGACGUGACACGGGGAUGGGGACACAGAGGUGACACGGGGACACUGGGGACACGGCGCGAGGCCAACGCGGAGGUGGCACCGAGGGGACACGGCAGGUGACGUGACGAGAGCGUGUGGCACCGGGAUGGCACGAGGACGUCGCACGGACGGCGUGGGGACACGGCAGGUGACACGGAUGGCACAAGGAUGGAUGGGACAUGGGGACACGGCGAAGAGGUGACACUGGGAUGUGACACGGGGACACAGCGAAGAGGUGGCACCGGGAUGUGACACGAGGACAAGACACGGAGGUGACACCAGGAUGUGACAUGGGGACAUGAAGAGGUGGCACUGGAUGUGACAUGGGGACAUGAAGAGGUGGCACCGGGAUGUGACACGAGGACAAGACGUGGAAGUGGCAUCGAGAUGUGACACGGCAAAGAGGUGGCACUGGGAUGUGACAUGGGGACAAGACACGGAGGUGACACCGGGAUGUGACAUGGGGACACGGUGAAGAGGUGGCACUGGGAUGUGACACGACACCGAGAUGUGACACAAGAACAAGACACGGAGGUGACACCGGGAUGUGACAUGGGGACACGGCAAAGAGGUGACACUGGGAUGUGACACUGGGAUGUGGCAUGGGGACACGGUGAAGAGGUGACACCGGGAUGUGACAUGGGGACACGGCGAAGAGGUGACACCGGGAUGUGACAUGGGGACAUGGCGAAGAGGUGGCACCGGGAUGUGACAUGAGGACAAGAUGUGGAGGUGACACGGGGACAAGACGCGGAGGUGGCACCAGGAUGUGACAUGGGGACAUAGUGAAGAGGUGGCACUGGGAUGUGACACCGGGAUGUGACAUGGGGACAUAGUGAAGAGGUGGCACCGGGAUGUGACACGGGGACAAAGCGCUGAAGGACAAUGCGGAGGUGACACGGGUGACACGGAGCGGUGGCAGAUGGCUCGGGGAUGUCACACGGAGGGACAACGUGGGGACACGUCACGGGGAUGUGACGCGGAGGGACACGGCGUGGAUGUGACAGAGGGACAAUGUGGGGACACGUCACGGGGCUGUGACACAGGGACACCGUGGGGAUGCGACCCGUGGGGACGCGGCGGGCGCCCCGUGGGGACAGGGACGUGGUGACACGGUGACAAUCAGGGCUGGGGACGCGGGGACAGUCGCGCGGUCCCCGCGUGUCCCCACGUGUCCCCGGGUGGCAGCAGGUGCAGUUUUAGUGCAUUGCGGGUGCGGCGGCUCCUCCCCCCUCGUUAGCGUCGUCAUUAUUAAUUAUUAUUAUUGUUAUUAUUAUUAUAAUUAUUAUUAUUAUUAUUAUUAUAAAUGCGCAUGUGGAACCCGA